AUAUUAAAUGUGGUUUAAUCUUUUUUGGAUGGAAAAGGCGAAGCUUUUAAUAGUUUGGUGGGAGUUGUGGGGUGAGAAUGGCUUCAAGUGCAUCUGAGGAAGCAGGUAGUGCAAGGUCUUUGGAGGGACUGUCAAAUGGGCAUCAGAGAUGCCAAUCUAGUGAAGCGUUGGCUGAAUGGAGGUCUUCGGAGCAGGUGGAAAAUGGGAUUCCAUCAACUUCGCCUCCUUACUGGGAUAGUGAUGACAAUGAAGAUGCGGGACCUAAACCUUCCGAGCUUUAUGGGAAAUAUACCUGGAAGAUUGAUAAGUUUUCACAAAUAAACAAGAGAGAACUUCGGAGUAAUGCAUUUGAGGUUGGAGGCUACAAAUGGUAUAUUUUGAUUUACCCUCAAGGAUGUGAUGUCUGCAAUCAUCUCUCUUUGUUUCUGUGUGUGGCUAAUCAUGACAAGCUCCUUCCAGGUUGGAGUCAUUUUGCCCAAUUCACUAUUGCUGUGGUGAACAAAGAUCCUAAGAAGUCCAAGUAUUCGGAUACACUACAUCGAUUCUGGAAGAAAGAGCAUGAUUGGGGUUGGAAAAAGUUUAUGGAGCUUUCAAAAGUUUUAGAAGGGUUUAUUGAUGCUGAUACCCUCAUAAUUAAAGCUCAAGUUCAAGUUAUCAGGGAGAGAGCUGAUCGGCCCUUCCGUUGUCUUGACUGUCAAUAUAGGAGGGAGCUUGUUAGAGUAUAUUUAACCAAUGUUGAACAGAUCUGCCGCCGUUUCGUGGAAGAGCAUCGAGGAAAACUUGGAAAGUUGAUAGAGGAUAAAGCUAGAUGGUCGAGUUUCUGUGCUUUUUGGCUGGGAAUGGACCCAAAUUCUAGGCGCCGAAUGACCCGGGAGAAAUCACAUUCGAUUUUGAAAGUGGUGGUCAAACACUUCUUCAUUGAAAAAGAGGUUACAUCUACUGUAGUGAUGGACUCUUUGUACAGUGGGCUUAAGGCUAUUGAAGGCCAGACUAAAGGAAAGAAAGGGAAGGGGAAAUAUUUGGAUGCAGAAGAACAGCUGGUUCCUAUUGUUCGUUUGGACAACGACAUGUUUGUCUUGGUGGAUGACGUCUUGCUAUUGCUUGAGAGGGCUGCCUUGGAACCGCUGCCUCCAAAGGAUGAGAAAGGUCCCCAAAACCGUACAAAGGAUGGUGCUUCUGGAGAGGACUUUAACAAAGAUUCCAUUGAGCGUGACGAGAGGCGCCUAACUGAACUAGGUCGUCGAACCAUUGAAAUAUUUGUCCUUACACAUAUUUUCAGUAAAAUAGAGGUUUCGUAUCAGGAAGCUGUUUCUUUAAAGAGGCAAGAGGAGCUCAUCCGUGAAGAGGAGGCUGCUUGGCUGGCUGAAACUGAGCAGAAAGCUAAAAAAACAUCUGACAAGGAAAAGAAGUCGAAGAAAAAGCAGGGUAAACAGAAAAAGAAUAAUCGCAAAACGAAGGAUAAGGGAAGGGAUGAAAAAACUUGUAUAAUUGAGCAAGAGAAGAGUGAACAAGAUGGGUGUAUUCUAGAUGGAAAUGAUUACGAGAUUGAGAAGUCAGAGACAGCGCUGGAGAAACCAGAUAUGCUGGAAAAUGGUUCGGAUGUUUCUGAUUCAGUCGAUUGUGUCCCAGAAGUAAACCACCUUGAUUUUGAAGACAUAGGUGCAUGUCCUGUCAACUGGGAUACUGACACCUCUGAAAUGCAUCCUUCCACAGAAAUUAACUGCUGUGGGUUAAAUGGCCUUUCAGCUGCACAGAAUGGUAUUUCAGGAAGAAGUCUUUCUGUUAUCGAUGAUAGUUCGUCAACGUGUUCUACAGACUCAGUUCCUUCAGUGGCUAUGAAUGCGCCUUACAGAGGGACUUCUUCGAACCAUAAAAACCAGAAAUCACCUAGCAGAGUGGUUAACCACAGAAGCAAGUCAACCAGUAGUACGACUGACUGGGCUAGUGAAAUACAUAGGCAGCCAUUAGAUGCUCUUCCAGAUAUAGGGAAGCUAACUAAUACAACUGUAAGUCGUAGGGCAACUAGAUCCGAGUCCCAGGCUAUAGCGCAUUCGCACGAGUGGGAAGUGCUGAAGAAGGAAGUAGUAGUUUCACAGCAGAGAAAGCUGAGUGAGCCUGAUUCAGAGAGACCUCCCUUGGAGAAGCCACAUGUCAUAUCUCAUCCUAGUAGCCCUUUAAAAGGUGCUGCGUCUGCCAUUCAGUUGAAAUCAGAGCUGAAGGUCUUGGCCACAAGUGAUCCAAACUCUUUUAAAAAAUUGUCCUUGAACAGUUCUAAGCUGACUCAUAAAUCAACUACUUCGACUAAUUUAGCCGAAACUGCUGUGUCCUUUAAGGCUGAUCCUAAUAAAGGUAUAGAACGACAAGUGGCGGAGAAGCCCUCAGUGCAUUCAGUAUCCAUUACACCUCAGAACUUCCAAUCUCAUCAAGUGACUGCCUCUGCGACAACGGAGAAGCCCAAACCUCAAGUUCCUGCCCUGUCCAGACCCUUGAAUGGUCCUGUAGUACCUGGGCCUAGGCCUGCUGCCUCUGUUGUUUCUAUGGUUCCAACGUCACCAAUACUGGCCCGUUCAGUGAGUGCAGCAGGUCAAUUGGGCUCUGACCCUUCACCAGCAACCCACAGUUAUGUUCCUCAGUCCUAUCGAAAUGCAAUUGUGGGUAAUCCUGUUUCUGGAAAUGCGACUGGUUUUAGUCAACCCUAUUCUCCAAGUUCAAUGGUUAACUGUUUGCAGCCAUACCCUCAAUCACCUUCGCGGAUUUCUGGGCCGUUAUUCUUACCACAGGGAUCAGAAAGAACAGAACCUAGUUGUAUCAGACCAAGUUAUCCAUAUGGAAUAAGUCAUGAUACCCUGCAGAAUGGAGUUCAAUGGCAGAGUUCCCAGAGGGAUAGCAGGAGUAUAUCUCGGGAUCAUCCUUCUAUACUAAACGAGUUUCAAAACUUUGAUGUGUUCCAGCCUGUAAGUAGAACCCAUGAUCCCAUCCCAUCCGAGUUUCCAGCCUGCACGUCUGGACGCCAGUCCCAGAGUGCACUGGCUGAUGAAUUUCCACAUCUUGAUAUCAUUAAUGACUUGCUGGAUGAUGAGCAAGGAAUUGGAAGGACUUCGAUGCCCGCCACAGGCUUUCAAAGUUAUAGCAAUGGGUCACACAAUCUAAAUCGGCAUUUCUCUUUCCCUGGUGAUAUAAUGUCCACUGACUUAGGUCCUUCAACAAGUUCCAAUAGGUUUGAGCGAACACGGAGUUAUCAUGAUGACAUCCAGCAUAAUUUUUAUGAAGGCCCUUCAGACAGUGCAAGGGAUAUGAUUCGUCAGCCUAAUCUGCAAUUUAUAAGUGGGCAGAUUGAUGGGUUAGUACCAAACCAGUGGCAAAUGAUGGGUUCUGAUCCAUCUUCUCUUGGAAUGGGGACUGCAGAAAACGAUCCCAGUUACCGGUAUAACGUCCCUGACUACUCAAACAUGUCUUCUGGUGGUGUAAAUGGCUAUAGAGUAUAUAGGCCUCCAAAUGGUCUUUGACAACAAGCUAUAGUUGGCUGUAUUAAGUUGUAAUAAUGUACUAGAGGAAAGCAUUUGGUAUUGGGAUAGUGGAGUGUGAGGUUGUAAGUUGUAACCCUCUGGCAAGUGAAAUAUUUUGUAAAGAGUGAUUCUGCCCUUGUUGGUUUUUCUAUAUUGAUUAGCUUUC